AUGACUGGGAAGAGUGAAGCUGGUGAUUAUUUCCUGGCCUUGCUUGCGAAGGAAGUAAUACACCCUUCUGGGCCAGGUGAUGAUAUACAGUUGGCUUCUCUCCUUGAUCCUUCUGAGCAACCCUUAGCUGUUUCUACGCCGUAUGGAAAUGUUGACCCCGUGGAUGCUGCUGAGCUGACGGCAGCAAGGAGCUCUGACUCUGAAGAAGCAUUUGAGACCCCGGAGUCCACUACACCGGUUAAGGCACCACCUUCACCUCCGCAGCCACCCCCCGAAGCGGCGGCGGCAGCAGCAGUUGUAGCAGACAUAGCAGAACAAGAAAUAAAACCCCAGCUGCCCUUGGAAGACACAGCAUUAUGUUCAGAAACUGUACCCGUAACUGAUGUGUCACACAGUGAAUCAGUUGAAGAAAGCCCCUUCCGUCCCCCUUCCCAUUCGUUUUCCACCGUCUUCGAUGAGGACAAGCCAAUAGCCAGCAGUGGAACUUACAACUUGGACUUUGAUAACAUUGAGUUGGUUGAUUCUCUCCAUGCCUUAGGACCAAGCUCUCCAGAAUCGAAGACUCGUGAUCCCAAAGCGAAUGUUCGAAGAAAAUCUACCGAUUCAGUCCCAGUUUCCAAAUCUACGUUGUCUCGAUCUCUUAGCUUGCAAGCAAGUGAUUUUGAUGGAGCAUCUUAUCUUGGCAAUAGUGAGACGUUAGCACCGGCAGCAGAUGUGUACGGUACUGGCUCAAGUAGUGCUUCUAGUACCCUUAAGAGAACAAAGAAAUCCAGACCAGCUUCCUUAAAAAAGAAGCAGUCAGCAAAAAAACCUCUGGAUGCUCCACCAGUGAAGGAAACACCACAGGAACCGUCUGACCUUGGCCAAGUAACUUGUGCCCCAGGUGAGGAUAAACCAGUAUCUGAAGCAAAGGCUGACUUGGUAAAGCCCGAAUGUACUGAACCUUCUAAAAUCUCUGCUGAGAAACAGGAGGCCCCGCCUGUGCCUGAAGGAUCCUACCCGUUGGAUCCAGACAGUUUUGAAGGGAUUAGUGCGUUUAGCACUGGAGGCAGCAAAGUACAAAACUCUCCCCCUGCCAAUAAGAAAACGCUACCUCUUACAACGGCACCGGAGGCUGUGGAGGUGACUCCGCCUGACACUGGAGGACAAGAAGACCCUCCAGUCAAAGGCAUUGCGGUGAGGCUGGAGUUUGAUUAUUCUGAAGAAAAAGGGGUGAGUGAAGACCAGCAGGAGAGUACUCCUCCUCCCAAAAAAGUAGGUAAAAAGCCUGGUGCUAAAAUGCCACUACGGAGGCCAAAGACUAAAAAGUCAGUGGAAAAGCUUGACAAUGCUCCAACCACACCGACCAAGUCACCCACUGAUCCAAAUGAAAUCCCCAUUACAAAAGGCUCUUACACUUUUGAUAUUGAUAAGUGGGAUGAUCCCAAUUUUAACCCAUUCUCAUCUAGUACAAAAAUGCAAGAAUCGCCCAAGCUGCCUCAACAGACAUACAGUUUUGAGCCAGACAUGUGUGAGGACUCUAUUGACCCUUUCAAGUCAUCUUCUAAGAUAGCCAGCUCACCCUCUAAAUCGCCAGCUUCCUUUGAGAUACCAGCCAGUGCCAACGAAACAAAUGGAACUGAUGGAGACAGCUUGAAUAAGCCUGCGAAAAAGAAGAAGACGCCACUAAAAACGAUGGUAGAAGAUGUGAUGUCUGUAUGUUCUCUGUUUGAUACAUUUAGGGUGAAAAAAUCACCAAAAAGAUCCCCACUAUCUGAUCCUCCUUCUCAGGAUCCCACUCCAUUGCCUACUCCAGAAACACCUCCCGUCAUAUCCACGGUGGUUCAUGCGACCGAUGAGGAGAAGCUGGCGUCGUCAGUGACCAGUCAGAAAUGGACCUGCAUGACUGUGGACCUGAACACGGACAAGCAGGAUUACCCCCAACCGUCUGAUCUGUCUACAUUUGUUAAUGAGACUAAGUUCAGCUCUCCUACAGAGGAAUUGGAAUAUGGCAACUCAUAUGAAAUAGAAUAUAUGGAGAAAAUAGGCUCCUCUGUGCCUCAGGAUGAUAGCACCCCGAAGAAACAAUCUUUAUACCUAAUGUUUGAUGCACAGCAGGAGAGCCCAGUCAAAUCACCUCCCAUCAGGCUGUCUGAUUCCACAACACCAUGCUCAGGGUCAAGUUUUGAAGACCCUGAAGCCCAGCAAUCCUCUGGAAUGAAAAUACAACAUCCAGCGUCCCGAGUCCUAGCUGCCAGCCAAGAGGCACACUUACAGUCACCUGACAAGUCAAAGCAGAAAGACCUAGAGCCCAUGACCCUAGGAACAACUCCAGAGGCUAUUGAAAUAACAUCUCCUGAAGACUCCUUUGUCUCUGCUGAUGCUCUUCUCAAUAGGAUAUCUAAGAAAACCUCAAUAUGUGAUCAGCCUGAAUAUCUAGAUCCUGACUUAGCAGAAAAGAACCCCCCAGUAUUUGCUCAGAAACUUCAGGAGGAGUUAGAGUUUGCUGCAAUGAGGAUAGAAGCACUGAAGUUAGCCAGGCAGAUUACCCUGUCUUCUUUCUGCUCCGAGGACACACAGAGAGAACCUGCUAUCCCAGCAGAUGUUUCCAUCUCUAAAAGUGCACUGUAUUCCCGGAUCGGCACCUCGGAUGCAGAAAGCACCACGGGUCUUCUCUACCCCCAGCAAGACUUAGACUCUGCACUACGACUCGCCAGAGCGGAGAUUGUGGCCAAGGAAAGAGAAGUAUCUGAGUGGAAAGAGAAAUAUGAAGAAAGCAGAAGGGAAGUGAUGGAAAUGAGGAAAAUAGUUUCAGAAUAUGAGAAGACGAUUGCUCAGAUGAUAG